AUGGUAUCAACUGUGAAGGGCAUCGCAUACGCAGAAAUUAUUGCAUAUGCCAUCGCCUUACCAAUCGCUAUCUUUGUGAUCUUCUCUCAGGGGUUCAAGAAAAAGCUUGGUUGGGUAUACCUCGGAUUGUUUUCCGUCGUUCGGAUUGCGGGUGCAAUAUUUGAGCUUCGAAGUAUACAUAAUCUUGCUAAUACCAGUGAUGCAAAAUGGUCGAUUAUUCUUCAGUCUGUUGGAUUAUCACCUUUGUUUAUGGCUACAUACGGUUUACUUUCUAGAACUACUGAUAUCAUAUCUGGUUAUGCGAAAGUUGGCACUCCAUUUGAGAUGCAAAAUGGCGGAUACUACAAGCCAAGCAACUCAACAUCUGGAUCUCUACGAAGUCGUCUCAUUCAACUGAUGCAUGUACCUACGAUAAUCGCUCUGGCUCUUUGUAUUGUUGGCGGUACUCGAGAGUUUGACGGUACAUCGUCAAAGACCUCGUCCGGGAGAAAUCUUACCAAAAUUGGAAUCGCCAUUUAUAUAGGAGUGUAUAUUAUCCAGAUUUCUCUCGUCAUUGUCACCUUCAAGGACCAUUACAAAAUCCCCACUGGACAUGGUCGAGUGUUCUGGGCCGUCGUUAUUGCCAAUCCCUUCUUGGCCGUCAGAUUGUUUUACAGUGUUUUAGCGGCUUUCACUUCCAUCAAAUCCUUCUCUGUAAUUGACGGGUCCGCGUUAGUAAGAUUGUUCGUGGCAAUCAUCGAGGAGUUCACAGUUGUCGCAUUGUAUUUACUAGCGGGUUUGAUAACGCCAAGGCUAAAGACAUAA